CGACACCAACCCCGGUGCGUCAUCUGCGGGCGGUGCGGCGCUAUACGCUUAACGGGCGUGUGUUGUCGGUGAUCAUGGCGACUCGCCGAGCUCUGCACUUCGUAUUCAAAGUGGGAAACCGCUUCCAGACGGCACAUUUCUAUCGUGAUGUCCUGGGGAUGAAGAUUCUGCGGCAUGAGGAAUUUGAAGAAGGCUGCAAAGCUGCCUGUAAUGGGCCUUAUGAUGGGAAAUGGAGUAAAACAAUGGUGGGAUUUGGACCUGAGGAUGAUCAUUUUGUUGCAGAACUGACUUACAAUUAUGGCAUCGGAGAUUACAAGCUUGGCAAUGACUUCAUGGGUAUCACACUUGCUUCCAGCCAGGCUAUCAGCAAUGCCAGGAAGCUGGAGUGGCCACUCAAUGAAGUUGCAGAAGGUGUUUUUGAAACUGAGGCCCCAGGAGGAUAUAAGUUCUAUCUGCAGAAUCGCAGUCCACUUCAAUCAGAUCCUGUAUUAAAAGUAACUCUAGCAGUGUCUGAUCUUCAGAAGUCCUUGAACUACUGGUCUAAUCUACUGGGAAUGAAAAUUUAUGAAAAAGAUGAAGAGAAGCAAAGAGCGUUGCUGGGUUAUGCUGAUAACCAAUGUAAGCUGGAGCUACAGGGCAUCAAGGGUGCAGUUGAUCAUGCAUCAGCUUUUGGAAGAAUUGCCUUCUCUUGCCCCAAAAAAGAGUUGCCAGACUUAGAAGACUUGAUGAAAAGAGAGAAUCAGAAAAUUCUGACUCCCCUGGUGAGUCUGGAUACCCCAGGGAAAGCAACAGUACAAGUGGUCAUUCUGGCCGACCCUGAUGGACAUGAAAUUUGCUUUGUGGGGGAUGAAGCAUUUCGAGAACUUUCUAAGAUGGAUCCAAAGGGAAGGAAAUUGUUGGAUGACGCAAUGGCGGCAGAUAAAAGUGAUGAGUGGUUUGCUAAACAAAAUAAACUAAAGGCUUCAGGUUAGCAGAAGACAUCACAUGGAAAAAGCAUUUGUGAUUCCUGUCUAGCACCUCUGAGGCCUGAUGUGUCCAUUCUUGAUAAAUGCUCUCACAACUUGGCUGUUUCCUGUACAGGCAAGAAGGCUGGGAUAGUGAAGAUUUGUGUAUUUUAAUCUUUGAAAGCUGAUAUAUGUUAGGUAUAAAAUUCUAUUAUUAUCAAUCUAAUUAGUGGAGAACUCAUGGAGUAAUCUGCACUGUCACUGGAAUGGCACAAUCUGUGAUUAACUCUUAGAUGAGUAGUAAAUUAUUUUCCAGCCUGGGGCAGCUAUAUGGAAUAUUACCUUUGGUUGGGGAUGGAGGGAAUUUUAAUAAGGAUAUAGAUUUUAUGAAAAAAACUGUUCAGAUCCAAAUCAGUUGCUUAUAACAGGAAUACUUCCAGCAUCUGAUGAUAGUUUGCUGUUCUUAUGUCUUACUCUGGCAGGCCUUGACAUUUAAACAUUUUUAAAGAAAUUUUGUUCCUUGAACCAAAAGGUUUGGUUAAACACUCCCACAUUCCUUGCUUUAAAUUUUGAGUAGCCAGAGAAGACAGAUGAACAAAAGGAUGUAAUCGUAUUGUUACGUGCCUGGCUCUGUGCUAGGUUCCUUGUAUAAUUUUUUUAAACCUUACAAGAAGAGAACAUGUUAAAUUUCUUUAAAAUGGAUCAGAUGAUAUCUUAAGCCUGAAAAAAAUUUUUUUGAAUGUUUCUAUAGGACAGAUUUUAAUCACUGGAAACAAUCAAGCUGUUAAAUUUUUACUUUAUCAGGUUCUACAGUGAUUUACAGAAUGGUACAGUUAUGUCUACAGCUCCUAAAUUGACACUGUAUCUUGGAACAAGAUAUUCCUAUUCAUAUUUAAUGUGAAUCACAGUUUUAAAAGCAUUAAAAUAUGUUCAUAAUGUCAUA